AGCAGCACGUAAAUAAGCUGGGAGGCUGUUUCUUAUUCUGUUUUUAAAUAGUACAGUAAAUAGUAAAUAGUCAUAGCAAUGUCUAUCGCUAAGCGUGUGCAGCAAUGGGCAACAUUUGCGCGUACCUGGCACAUUUACGAUUGCACCUGGCAAAAUCCUUUCGAGUCUGCUCAGCUGGUUAAAACACAUUUGAUGGGCCUGCAUAAGCCCAUUUACCAUCCAAUGAUCACCACACGAACCUUGUGCACGACACAUCUGCAAAAAGAGUCUCAGCAUUCGCAGCUUUUGCCCAUUUAUCAGGUGAGAAAACGUAAUAUGGGUCGUUUGAGCAGCGUCGAUCCCAGCUCCUACUCCGAGCCAGAGAAGAUAACCACCGAGCACACCGCUAUCCACUGGAAUGUGGAUUUCGAGGCAACGAAGCUGCGCGGCAGUGUUCUGCACAAAUUCAAGGUGCUAACUAGCAACCUGGAGAGCAUUCUUCUGGAUGUGCGUGACAUUGAGGUGAAGAAUGCCACGUUGCUUGCUGGUGGGUCGGAGCAGCCUAUCAAUUACUUCAUCAGCGAUCCCGUGCCUGAUGUGGGCCAGAAACUUACACUGGAGUUGCCAGCCGGCACAGCGAAGGGCAGUCUUAACGUACGUAUUGAUUACGAGACGGCUAACAACGCGAGUGGGCUGCAGUGGCUGAACCCGAACCAGACCUUGGGCAAGCAGCAUCCGUACAUGUUCUCGCAAUGCCAGGCUAUACAUGCUCGCUCCGUGAUGCCCUGCCAGGACACACCGGCUGUGAAGUUCACCUACGAUGCUGUCGUGGAGCACCCCAAGGAGUUGACCGCGCUGAUGAGUGCUCUGAUCGAUAAGAACGAGCCGGGCAAGACGUACUUUAAACAGGAAGUGCCCAUACCAGCGUAUCUGGUUGCCAUCGCCAUUGGCAAACUUGUGUCCCGCCGCUUGGGCGAGAACUCGAACGUGUGGGCCGAGGAGGCUAUCGUUGAUGCCUGCGCCGAGGAGUUCUCGGAAACAUCUACUAUGCUGAAGACCGCCUCCGAUUUGUGUGGACCCUACGUGUGGAAGCAGUACGAUUUACUUGUGAUGCCGCCCUCAUUUCCAUUUGGUGGCAUGGAGAAUCCUUGCUUGACCUUCGUCACGCCCACUCUGCUAGCGGGCGAUAAGUCCUUGGCUAAUGUGGUUGCCCACGAGAUCGCACACAGCUGGACGGGGAAUCUUGUGACCAACAAGAACUUUGAGCAUUUCUGGCUAAACGAGGGCUUCACUGUCUUCGUCGAGUCCAAGAUUGUGGGUCGCAUGCAGGGCGCCAAGGAGCUGGACUUCCGCAUGCUGAGCAACCUCACCGAGCUGCAGGAGUGUCUACGAACUCAAUUGGCUGGCACACCGGAGCUUACACGACUCGUGGUUGAUCUGAGCAACUGUGGACCGGAUGAUGCAUUCUCGUCUGUACCUUACAUCAAGGGCUCGACAUUCCUGCGCUAUUUGGAGGAUUUGUUGGGAGGUCCCACUGUCUUUGAGCCCUUCCUGCGCGACUAUCUGAAGAAGUUUGCGUACAAGUCGAUUGUGACGGAUGAUUUUAAGGGGGCCUUGUACGACUAUUUCAAGGAUACGGACAAGAAGGAUAAACUAGGUCUUGUUGACUGGGAAUUGUGGCUGAAGUGCGAGGGCAUGCCACCUAUUAUACCAAAAUUCGAUGAGUCCCUUGCAAAUGUGACUAAGAACCUUGCCAGCCAGUGGAGCACAAAGACUGUGGAUGAACUGGCCAAUAGCACGGACAUCAACCAGCCCAUUUCCAUACACCAGUUGAUUGAGUUCCUAGGCAAACUGAUUGAGUGCAAAGACAUUGUGGAGCUAAACGAACGCAAAAUUGAGCUACUGGAAAACACGUACAAUCUCAAGAAGUCGAAGAAUGCCGAAGUGCGCUUCCGCCUCAAUCGCUUGAUCAUACGUGCUCGUCUUAUCCAGCGCCUGGACGAGAUUAUCGAGUUUGCCAAUUCAAACUUCCGCAUGAAGUUCUGCCGUCCCAUUUAUCGGGACUUGGCCGCGUGGCCCGAGGCCAAGCCGCGGGCGGUGGACAACUUCCUCAAUGUCAAGGACCAAAUGAUGGCCGUCUGCUCGCACACCAUCGAAAAGGAUCUGGGCCUGAAGUAAACCCAAAUUGCAUUUAAUAAAGUUCAACUUGAAGCUGUUUUCGAAAAACAAUGAAAAAAGACUACAAAAUUAACAAAAAAUU